AUGGAGCCACCAUAUGAAGCCAAUGUCAGAGUCUACACUCCCUCCCCACAAGCCAACUUUAACCAAAUCCCACAACCACCCCCUUUGCCAACACCAGACUCUCUCACUCCUGGUGCACGAAGAAGGCGGGCCGUGGCAAAUGGGGUCCAAAAAACACUCUCAAAAACUUCAAUGCUCGUAAACUUCCUCCCAACCGGAACCCUUCUCACAUUCGAGAUGGUUCUUCCUUCAGUUUAUGGAAAAGGCGAAUGCACUACCGUCACAACCCUCAUGAUCAAUGUCCUUCUAGCAAUUUGCACUGCUUCUUGUUUUUUCUUUCAUUUUACUGAUAGUUUUCGUGCGGCUGAUGGAAAGGUUUAUUAUGGGUUUGUGACCCCUUGGGGGUUAAAAGUGUUUAAAACUGUUUCUGGAAUGGAAGUGCCUAAAGACGAAAGGUAUAAACUCGGGUUAAGUGAUUUUGUUCACGCAAUGAUGUCGUCGAUGGUGUUCUUAGCAAUCGCGUUCUCUGAUCAUCGGGUCACUAAUUGUUUGUUUCCGGGUCAUGCUAAAGAAAUGGAUGAAGUUAUGCAAAGUUUUCCUUUGAUGGUUGGGAUUGUUUGUAGUGGAUUGUUCUUGGUGUUUCCCAAUACCCGAUAUGGGAUUGGGUGUUUGUCUGCUUAG